AUGGGCUUCAAAACUGGAAUACUGGAUGAUCCUGACCACAACGGUUACAAAACUCUUGAAGAGGAGAUGUUGAUCGUUGUUGAAAUCCUCUGCUCUCUUGCUGUGGUCGCUGUGGAAGUAUGGUUUUUAACUGUUGUUCUGAAAUCCUAUCGACAGAUUGUUCAUAAACGACAUUACAUGGAUGUCGAGAGAGAAGAACACUUGUAA